CCGUCUCCGUGCACUCUAUAUUGAUGUUGGCAGCACUAGUGAAAUUGUCAAUCAAUCAAUCUAAAUGUCAAAUGAAAAAUGGAAUUUCUCAAAUAUAAACAAACAUGUGAACAUCACGGCGUUUUACUUCGGAGAUAUGCUAUGAUAUAACAUACACAUACAAAGCACUUUUAAAUUAAAUCUCCAGUCGCGAAUCAUGAUUAUCGCUAUUCAGACGCUCAUAUUCUUUCGCGAGUCAUUACUGGCCGUGUUAGAUGGGCUAUUCCGGCCAUACUACAAGCGAUUUUUGACGUCCAGCCGGCAAAGCAUAAGUGAUGAAGAAGAAACGGAGGACCAGGUUUUCUCGGAAUUUGAUGAUGAGAAAGGUGUAGUGUUUUAUCCGCCGAUGUAUGUGCAGCGUUACGCCGCUGUUACCGAUUGUCUGAUGGAUGAACGAUGGUGCGGUAAGUUAGAAAAGGUUGUUGAUCUUGGUUAUCAUGAUGUGAGUUUUAUAAAGUACCUCAAAGAAAUUCCUGGAGUUAAGAGAAUACUUGGUGUAGAUUUGGAUAGUAUACCACUGCGGUGUUCAUCUGAUUUGGUCAUAGAGUAUUCUCCUAAGAGAGAAAAUCCAUUACAAGUAACUUUAUUUCAAGGCAAUGCAGCUGACCCAGACUAUAGACUCAUCGGCUGUGAUGCAGUUGUAGCCAUAGAGAUGAUAGAACACAUGUUACCCCACGACCUUGACAGACUUGUACACACCAUCUUUGGGUUUGUGAAGCCUUGGAUAGCGGUGAUCACUACACCGAAUGGAGAUUUUAAUCCUUUGUUCAAAUCAAUGGAAAAGAAUGGACUGAGGAGAUUAGAUCAUUUCUUUGAAUGGUCUAGGGAGCAGUUUCAUGAUUGGUGCAGCAAUAUAGUAUUAAGGUACCCUCAAUACACAGUGGUGUGCAAGGGCAUCGGCCCUGGACCACCGGGCACCUUGCACUAUGGUUGCUGCAGCCAGCUAGCUCUCUUCACCUCAAAAGAUUACUCCAAACAACAGGAUUUGGAUUUGAAUAGCUUGGCACUGGUUGCGAACACAAAAGAUAAUAAAGACUUGACUGAAUUAAUUGGAAGUGUAGACUCUGGCUCUGAAAUCACUGAAACACACAUGCUUUGUCUGCCCUCAAAUAAGCUGAAUUGCUCAACAAUACAAGUGAGGAGAUUCUCUAAGACCACUCAGAAUUUAAUGGCGAAGAACAAGAUCGAUUCUCUUGUUUAUACUCGAGAGGUCGUAGACGAAAUUCGCCACCUGACCAAGAUGCUGAAUUUCAACAAGGAGGCGAAAAGUGAUCGCGGAGACGGGACCUGGUGCAACUUCAACUGGGGUGACAACGCGCCCUAUUGGAACCAGUACUAUAAACUUGUUAGGGAAUUUUGCUAUCCGUUUGAGGCCAAAUCAGAAGAAAGUCGCAUUUUAGAUCUGAUAUGCGAAGAGAUAAACAGGCUUAUAGAUUCGCAGUACGACGAGGAGUUCACAGUAGACAUGAAUAGGAUGGAGAUACCGCUGACUUACCUCAUGAACGUAGUACAACACAUCACCACUGACGUCGAGAAAGUCAAAGACCUAUUGGAGUGGAAUGGGUACGAGAUAGUCGAUGACGUGAUGAUUUACACCCGCCUGGUGGAGAACGCUUCGGUGACCACCCGCGACGAGUGCUGGCAGGAGGACACUAUCUCUGACUUUGACACGUCUGAAGUUCAUACCGCUUCUCUUUCUGAUGGAAGCACCAUCGCUCCGGAUUAUACUGGACGUCUCCAACGGGCCCUUGACCACAAAGUGCGAAGGCUGCGUUCCAUGUUGACGGCCGACGAGGACAUAGCCUCGGAGCUAGACCGGGUGGUCUGCCGGCUCAUGAAGCUAGCUCUCAGGACCAGCAGGAUGCGCCAACACCCACCGCCAACGAAUUGGAUGCAGUGCAAACUGUUUGAUCUACUCUCGCUUACGGAGAAAGCCAUAGACAGGAGAAGGAAACGCUUCAUUGAGAAUUUCCCGCUGAAUGCGCUUGAGUAUGAAGUCAAUGGCAGCGAGAUGUUGGCAAUGAAUAAAUUAAAGUGUGAUGAUUUAUCUGUGAAUAUGCUGGUAGAUAAGUAUCAAAACUUGGUGCAAUCUUUUGAAAACAGGGACACAGCACAAAGAACAAGAAACAAAUCAAAUUUCGGUGGGUUUGAUUUCAACGAAGACUUGAGUGAUACAAGUAACGAGUUUGUAAAGGAAUACGAAUUCGUCUAUGAUAUAGAAAAUUCAAAUUCCGCCUCGCUCAUAGAACCAUCAUGCAAAAGUAAAACAUAUGAGCGCGACUAUUAUACUACGGAAAUUGAGGAGUCGAAACUACAAAGAAUCCAGGCAUGGGUCGACGAAGACUUAGAAGUAGUGCCGUACCCUAAUCAUGACGUAAGGUUGAUAAGUUCCGGUGACACAGACCACAGUACCACCAAUAUGACUCGGCACAAACUGAAAAAGAUGUCCCGAAAGCGCAAACUGACAUUAAUUGCGUACCCUGACAAACAAGAAACAAAAAUACACAAAAAAUCACACCCUAAAACAACUGAAAAUAAAACAAAGACAAAGAUUCAAGAAAAGAAUAAGAAAAAUAAAAGCAAGCUUUUUAAAAAAGCUUCGCCCAAAAGAUCGAGCUAUUGUCUUUUGGUCAAGGCGAACCUAUAUAAAACUUCCUCAAAUAGCUUUGCGAAAUUAAGGAAUAAGAAGGUCAAGGAAUAUCCUAGUCCGAAUUUAUGUAAACCGAUACCUGAUGCUUACAAGGAACUCUGCCAUCCAGAUUUGAAUUUGGAAAAGAAAAUUGAAGAAAACAUGAAAUACCUAACUAACAUUGAUCGCCUAAAUGACCCAGGCGCUUUAGAAAUUAGUACAAAUGUAGCUACAACAAAAGAGAGUUUGUUAGUAGAUAUCGUGAUGGAUGGCCUAGAAGAAACGAUCGCAUUACGAAGGACAGUUGGGACAGAUGCAGAUGAAGAUCCUGUUGAAUUUGAACAGGAAAUGGUCUUGGGUAGUUUACUUAAUGUCAUGAGAAACGACAGCUUUUGUAACAAGCACGAUAUAGAAACUGAAAAUGUCCAUUCGCAAACUAUAUUCUUAAACGAUAUUAACGAACCUAGUACCUCAAAAGGCGUUCGCCAUGUAAGUAUGGAUGUGCAAUGUGGACCAGAUACUUCCACACCAGCAUUAACCUCCCUUUCCGCAGCCACUUCAUUGACUAAAGUGCCGAAAAUAUUCCCAGCUGGCAUAAAAAUCGGCGAAUCAGAAUUAGAAUUACACUCAAAGUUAAAUUCUGAUUUUGGUACAUGUACCGAGGAUAAUGACUGUAAUUAUAAAACUAUAACCCCAAGGUCCAAAUCCGUUGGUAUCAAAAUAAAAGAUUCGGAUACAAAUAUCAAUAUGAAAACCGAAGACCUUGUAAUCACACCAAGUGACCCAAAUCAAGUUGUGAUAUCUAAAGAAACAGAGUUGAUCAAACCGAUCCCUAGCGGUUUGAAAAUGGAAGAUUCGGGGUCAGAAUAUUUUGGAAGUGUUGCCAGUUACCAAAAAAGUCAAAUGAUUUUAGAAAGUUCUCCUGAAUAUAUAAGUGACAUGCUGUUAAAGUCUUCGACUAGUAAGGACGAUGGACUUGAUCCAAAGUUUACUUCUAUGCAAUAUGUUCCGCCGAAGCUGUCUCGUGGUGGAGUGUAUGUGCAUAGUUAUAAGGAUAAGAAGGAGUCCGAGGAUGUUUUGUACCAAGGAGAAUGGCAGCGUUGUCGUCCAAAGGCACUAGUAAAGAAAAGAGUAGUAUUUAAUACAGCAUCUGCAAGAAAACUAAGUGAUUUGAAUAAGAAACUGAGAGUUAAUUCAAAAGAAAAACUGCAUAAUAUCAAAUCUGAAAGAAAACAGAUAAAAUUAGAACAAAAAAUCCUGAAUCCAAUUCAAUUGCGAACGCAGAUUUCUCAAUCACUUGGCAAAGAAACAGACAAAAAAAAUUAUACUAUUAAUACGAAACAGACCAUGAAAUCAAAUAACCGAAAUGGUCCAAAGGCAACUACGAAACUCACCAUAAGUACAUUGUCAACAAAUAACCCAAAGCCAGUAAAUACUCUAAAAAGGCCGGCCAUUCUAAAUGCUACUAAAAAGGAAUCUGAAACUGCUAAUAAAGGAAAUAUAUUGCCUCCAGAGUCAAAAACAUUGAGGAGAAUAAAGAACCCUGUAGCACGGAACCUUGUCGCUAAGGGAAUAUUAAAUAAAAGUAUUGAAAGUUCUAAACAAGUAAAGAAGAGUACAAAACAAAAACCAAUAGGGAAAGUAACACCAUUAAUUCGAAGUAAGACCGAAUUUAUUAAGAAGGAACUAUUAAAGUUUGACGAUUCGCCACGUGAUAAUAUAAGCUACGUAAUACUGCGCAACGAGUCAGACAACAAAAGUAACAAGAAUAGUGUGACUCCAAAAACAAAUAGUACUCGCAGGAGUGAUUGUACACAAAGACGAAAUCUAAGUCCACAAUCGCAAAAUAGUUCAACGUGUUCUUCGCCUAAUAGUAUAGCUACCGUGCGAGUAGCUGUAAAUCGAUCUAGGGUAGUUGCUAAUAGAAAAAUGUCUUCAUCUUCAAAUCAAGAUAACAUGGAUUCAGAAAAUGUAACACCAAUAAGAAAUAAGAAAUUUACAAAGAAAAAUAGGAUUGUUAAAAAAACGGACGCUAAUGAUUUGGAUAAUAAAGAAAAUAUCCCUGAAUCCUCUAAUGGCAUUAAAAAAGAAACUGACGGAAAAUGCCUUAAUCCCUUUGUUACCACUCGCAAAAGUAUAUACAGAGCCCAAGUAACGACAGAAAGUGCUUUGAACAGUCUGUCCAAACAUAAAACAUCAACUCCAAUCAAACCAACGUUAAAAAACUCUAAUACAGAAGGAAUAAUACCAGAAACCUUAUUAAAAAAAGAUUCAAGAUCGCCGUCAUUGACCUCUAAUGAUAUAGGUAAAACUAUGUCUCCUCCAGUAAGCAUGACAAUGUUUAGCUGGUCUACACAAUUAGCACAACUUGAAAUGAAUCCCUUAAAUUCAUCAUUAAGGACAGUAAAUAGCCCUGACAAAAAUAUGGCUAUGACACUCAAGAAAAUGAUAGAAGAUAGAUUGGAAUUUAUAAGAAAUUCCUCUGAUGAUUCGAGUUCAAUAGAUUCAAAGACAGUUAUUUUAAGUCUUAAAAACUUAGAUGAAAACUCCUCACCCGACAGCUAUAGAACAAUAAUAAACAAUGAAGAUCUUAAUAAUACACUAGCAUUACGACAUGAUAUAGAAAAUGCUGUUAACCGCACUUUUGACUUGAUAGCAGAUUCUAAAGAGAAUGGAGGUGAUGAAACUGAGUUAACUGACACGGAUAUGCUUUCAUUCAAAACGACGACAGUAGCGUCGAGAGCAUCUGAAUACUUUCUAGCCGACAAUGAACUCGAUAAUUUCCAAGCUUCUUUUUCCAAAAAUUCUGUACGUGAUAUAUUUGACAGAAAUGAGACGAUUACGGAACAGAACAACGACAGCCCCAUUGCAAGUCAGGCAUUCAGUGGGUUCUCUAUAAAUGCUGUGGCCGGUGAUCAGCCGGAGCCCAUCAACUUUUUAGACUCGGAAACUGGAAGUAUGGCGUUAGAUCUAGCCAUGCAGGCCACAUCGGAAGAGGUUUUUGCAUCCGGCAGGUCGUCUGGAAGCUACGAAUCCUGUCAAUACGACGAUGACGCUUUGCUCCCUUAUUGGCUUUUCCGCAUUAAUAGCCAGUUCGUAGAUGAAGAAGAGGAACACGAACCAGAAUCACCGAUCCCAGUAGAACUUCCUGAGGCAUUCGAUAUGAACGGCAAUGUGGUCGCGGCAGGCGCCGGCGCAGGCGAUGGACGGGGGAUGCACAGCGACCACUCCCAAGAUAGUUCUGGUCGCGGCACUACUUCGACUACCUCUAGUGAUCCAUCAUCAGGCGUUCAGAGUGAGGCAGUCCUGAUAGAUCCGUCUGCAUUCACUGGCCAAUUUGAACUGCCGGCCGUAACAGUGGAAAUACCCGAAAUGAUGCCAUUACAUGAAGCCGGCGAGAACAUCGGCGAGGUCGUAGCUCCGGACCGCAACGGCCGCCGAAACCCAGUGGUCCAGCUGCUGGCCACCAGCGACAUGGACGCAGACGUGAGUUCCCUUGACACAGACGUCCAGGACUCCUCCUGAUCCACUUGGCUCGUAAGCCCGUGCCGUGAUAAAUUUUAGUGAUGCGUUUGUGUAAAUACAUUAGAAGUUCUUAUUAAAUUAUUCCAUUUGUAAGCCGAUUUUGAUUUUUCGGUUACUGUUGUUAAUAUUGGGAAGCUAAAUACAUCAGAAUCAUCAGAAUCUGACUUCCAAUGACUUUUUAUUCCGCCUGGCGUUAGUCUCGGUAACAUUCUCAACUUUAUGAAGAGGAGCUUGAGGUGUCCCCUUUGAGCAUGAUCUUGUAUUGAUCCAAUAAAAAUCUCAUUACCUACCAAUAAAUAAUGGCGCCUUACUUGUAAAUUUACACGUCAGUUUUUGAAUGCCGAUCAGCAAAUCUAAUUUGUAAUUUAUUUUUAUAAUUUUGCAAUACAUAUGUUUACAAUUACUUCUCAAAUUUUUUGAGGGAGCGAGGUAUCUGAAUCUGUUAUGUGUUAAGGGUGAUUUAGAUCUUAAGAAGGUGCUUCGGUAAGGUGUGAUGUGAGGUAAUGAUAUUCAUAUAAAAAAUGAAUACUCGUUUUCGAGGAAAUGUCUUUUUUGCAUUUAUUCAUAUUGUACAAUCUUAUAAUAUGAUUCAUUCUGCAAAAUUUUACAGGCGAGCAAGAAUUCAUAUAUAAAACAGUAGCUCUUUCGUAUUGUACAUAACCAUUUUACCAGUAUAGUGAAAACAUGCGUAUAGUUUUUAGU